AUGAAGCUCUGCGGCGGCGGCUCCAUCGGUGACUUAGUCAGCAGCAUGAAUGGUAGUCCCCUUAGUGAGAAGUGGAUUGCCUAUUUCUGCAGGGAGACCUUACAUGGUCUGAAACACCUACACAAGCACCGCGUCGCCCAUCGAGACAUCAAAUGUCUCAACAUUAUGUUGACAGAAGAGGCAAAAGUCAAAAUAAUUGAUUUUGGCAUCAGCGGAAUGCUUGACAAGGAAACAGGGAUGUGCUAUGAAGAUCUAGGAACCCCUGAUUGGAAAGCCCCGGAAAUUUCCACAAGCCAACAGGGAUAUGACGUGAAGGAAACCAUAUCAUGUAGCGGAAUAUUUAAGAUCAUUAUUUUACUGAUCCUAUUUUACUUUGAACAACUUUUAGCAUUUGUUGAUAUUGACCCAGAGGACAUCGUAGACCAUAUCCUUCAAAAUCCUACACCAAAACUGCCAUCAAACAAAUGGUCAGAAAAAUUCCAAUCAUUUCUGGAGUUAUGUUUGGAGAAGAAUGUUAAUAGCAGACCAACUGCAAAGCAACUCCUAAAGCACCCAUUUGUUAAAGAUCUGCCCCCUGACAAACAGAUCAGAGGGGAAAUUAAGGACCACCUUAAGGCUCUUAAAGCACGACGCUCUAUAAAAGAGAGUUGUCCACAUAAAAGGAACCUCACACCAUGCCUGAAAAUAGUUUCAGAUGAAGAAGAAGAAGAUGAGGAGGAGGAAAAAGAGAGCAAGACGCCUCAAGAGAGAAGUCCAACAAUACCUCUUAGAAACCGGAACACACCAUUCCGAGAGAAAGUAAAUCCGCUCACUAUAAAAUACUCAAGUGAAGAGGAAAGUGAGGAAGAAGAAACUUCUAGAGCCUCACAAGAAUUACAAAAGACCAGCCAAUGUAAACGGCAAAGUACACCUUAUAAGAGUAAACUAAAUCCUCUAAAGAUACAAUAUUCUUCAAGUGAGGAGGAAAAUACUGAAGAACCUACUAAAGACCUUGAAGAUAAUGAAUGUGAAGAGCUUUCCAAUGAGUCAAAUGAAGUAAAUUCUGUACAGGACGAUGACUCAUGUGACCAGGCCCCUGAGAUGAAAGAAGAAGCCUCAGUUGGUGAUGGUUCAUAUAAUACUGAACCUGGCACUGGAAAUGAGGCUGAUGAGAAAGAAGGAUCAUGUGACCAGGCCUCACAAAUUAAUGAAGAAACCUCAAAUGCUGAUGGUUCUUUAAAUCCUAAACCUGAAAAUGGCAUUGAGGAGAUAGAUGGCCCAUUUCAACAAACUGCAGAAGAAGAGGAGCCAUUGAAUCCAAACCCUGGAGUUGAAGAAGCCUCAGUUGGUGAUGGUUCAUGUAAUACUGAACCUGGCACUGGAAAUGAGGCUGAGGAGAAAGAGGGAUCACAUGACCAGGCCUCACAAAUUAAUGAAGAAACCUCAAAUUCUGAUGGUUCAUUAAAUCCUGAACCUGAAAAUGACAUUGAGGAGAUAGAUGGCCCAUUUCAACAUAUUGCAGAAGAAGAGGAGCCAUUGAAUCCAAACCCAGGAGUUGAAGAAGCCUCAGUUGGUGAUGGUUCAUGUAAUACUGAACCUGGCACUGAAAAUGAGGCUGAUGAGAAAGAGGGAUCAUGUGACCAGGCCUCAGAAAUUAAUGAAGAAACCUCAAAUGCUGAUGGUUCAUUAAAUCCUGAACCUGAAAAUGACAUUGAGGAGAUAGAUGGCCCAUUUAAACAAACUGCAGAAGAAGAGGAGAUAUUGAAUCCAAACCCUGGAGUUGAAGAAGCCUCAGUUGGUGAUGGUUCAUGUAAAAUGUAUUAAAUCCUGAACCUGAAAAUGACAUUGAGGAGAUAGAUGGCCCAUUGCAACAAAUUGCAGAAGAAGAGGAGCCAUUGAAUCCAAACCCUGGAGUUGAAGAAGCCUCAGUUGGUGAUGGUUCAUGUAAUACUGAACCUGGCACUGGAAAUGAGGCUGAGGAGAAAGAGGGAUCAUGUGACCAGGCCUCACAAAUUAAUGAAGAAACCUCAAAUGCUGAUGGUUCAUUAAAUCCUGAACCUGAAAAUGACAUUGAGGAGAUAGAUGGCCCAUUUCAACAAACUGCAGAAGAAGAAGAGCCAUUGAAUCCAAACUCUGGUGGUGAAGAGGUGACAAGCCAGGAGCUGAUUCAUCCCUGAACACCACAGAAAUAGGGUCAUGCCCAAUAACAUUCUAGGCUACUGGCCCUACUGAUGCAGCAUACCUUACCCCAGUGGGAGCACAAAAAGCUACGGGUGGGUGGAGGGGUUAAGGAAGCUGCAUCUUAUCAACCGCCUCAAGCAGUAUGGGGCAUAGAAGCCCCUGCAUGUGUCCAUAUAAUACAUUUAAAUAAAGCUAAAUAAAACCAAAUAAGCAAAUCUUUAUUCUUGUAACUGCAGUAUCACCAUUUUGGCAUAGGAUUGUGAAGUUUCAACUUAGUGGAAUAUUCGUCUGUUGUUGGCUUGUAAUGGGUAGGAAGCUCAAUGCUUUAUGCUCUCUGGGAACUACCUUAUAGCACUCUAUAGGGAGAGAUUAGUUAACCGUAUAGGUAGGAAUAGGCAAGUUAGUA